GCGCAGUUGGAACUGGCGCCUUUCCCUGCAUCAGGCUUAGUGGGCAAAAUAAGGGGUGCCAGAGCGGCUGCAGCCGGCGGCAAGUCGCGCGAGAUUGCAAGAUGCGCUGCCACUUUCUAGAAAGGGCAUCGAGUUGCGGAGCACCUUUGAGCCGGCGGGUUCUGGUGAAGGUGUUAGAGAAAUGCAAACUGCUUCUUGUACUUUCGCUCCGUUGGUGAUGCAGCAACCAAUUGGCCCAUUACAGAACCGACCACUGUAUACGUUUCACGCUGUUUUAAUCGAGAAUGGGAUAUUAUAGAAACUGAGGAGCAUUAUAAGAGCCGAUGGAGAUCUAUUAGGAUUCUGUAUCUUACUAUGUUUCUUAGCAGUGUAGGAUUUUCUAUUGUGAUAAUGUCAAUAUGGCCAUAUCUCCAAAAGAUUGAUCAGACUGCUGAUGCAAGUUUUUUGGGCUGGGUUAUUGCUUCAUAUAGCCUUGGCCAGAUGGUAGCUUCACCUAUAUUUGGUUUGUGGUCUAAUUACAGACCAAGAAAAGAGCCUCUUAUUGUUUCCAUUUUCAUUUCGGUGGCAGCCAACUGCCUCUAUGCAUAUGUCCAUGUUCCACCUUCUCAUAAUAAAUACUACAUGUUGGCUGCUCGUGGAUUGGUAGGAUUUGGGGCAGGAAAUGUAGCUGUUAUUAGGUCAUAUAUUGCUGGUGCUACCUCUCUUCAGGAAAGAACAAGUUCCAUGGCAAACACAAGUGCAUGUCAAGCAUUAGGCUUUAUUCUAGGUCCAGUUUUUCAGACUUGUUUUGCACUCAUUGGAGAAAAGGGCGUGACGUGGGAUGUCAUUAAGCUGCAGAUAAACAUGUACACAGCACCAGUUUUACUGGGCGCCUUCCUGGGAAUUUUAAAUAUUAUUCUGAUCCUUACUAUAUUAAGAGAACAUCGUGUGGAUGACUCAGGACGACAGUGUAAAAAUAUUAAUUUUGAAGAAGUAAGUACAGAUGAAGUUCAAGUCCCCCAAGAAAAUAUUGAUCAAGUUGCUGUUGUGGCCACCAAUGUUCUGUUUUUUGUGAUUCUCUUUAUCUUUGCCCUUUUUGAAACCAUUGUGACUCCGUUAACAAUGGAUAUGUAUGGCUGGACCAGAGAACAAGCUGUAUUAUAUGAUGGAAUAAUACUUGCUUCUCUUGGAGUUGAGGCAGUUAUUAUUUUCAUGGGGAUAAAAUUACUUUCCAAAAAGAUUGGUGAGCGUGCUCUUCUACUGGGAGGACUCAUCAUUAUAUGGGUUGGCUUCUUUGUCUUGUUACCUUGGGGAAAUCAGUUUCCCAAAAUACAGUGGGAAGAUUUACAUAAUAACUCAAUCCCUAAUACCACAUUUGGAGAAAUAAUUAUUACUCUUUGGAAGUCUCCGAGAGAAGAUCACAGUGAAGAACCAACUGGUUGCCCAGUUGAACAAGCAUGGUGCCUAUAUACCCCCAUGAUCCAUCUGGCCCAGUUCCUCAUAUCAGCUGUGCUAAUUGGAAUAGGCUAUCCAUCCUGCAAUGUUAUGUCCUAUACAUUAUAUUCGAAAAUUCUGGGACCAAACCCUCAGGGUGUGUACAUGGGCUGGUUAACAGCGUCUGGAAGUGCAGCACGGAUUCUUGGACCUGUGUUCAUCAGCCAAGUGUACACUGCCUGGGGUCCACGGUGGGCUUUCAGCCUAGUGUGUGGGAUGGUGGUGCUCACCAUUACACUCCUGGGUGUGGUUUACAGAAGACUCAUUGCUUUUUCUGUAAGGCAUGGAAGGAUUCAAGAGUAACCUAGCUAAGACUGUGUGGAAAGUACACUUGUGUGGAACUUUCUCUUUUUUAAGACUCUUCUUGACAACUGCUACGAGUCAGUUUCCUAAAGUCAGGUUGUAGGUAAUAGUGUAUGUUGCAAAACAAGAAUGUAUAUUGAAUAAAAUAGGGAAUUCUAUGUGUAAUUGUGACUAGCAAGGUAAUAUGAAAAUUCUGGAUUAUAGUUUUCCUUAUCUCAAAAAAAGAAACAGUUUCCAUAAGACCUUUUUUUGGGGAUGGCAUGAAGUCAUGAAUGAAUAGAUGGUGCUCUAUAAAUGUGAAGUUAUAUUAUUUUAUUUACUUUUUCUCUUGUCUCAGUAGUGGUAGGGAAGACCCAGCAGUUUUCAAUCUUGUCUCCAUAGCUACUCAGAACCACAGGAUUUAAAAUUUGGAUAGGCCAUGGUAGCCCCAAUAUAGUUUUUUAAUGAAUAUCUAGGUAAAAUGCCUUUAACUAACAGUUUACCGAGUUUACUAGAAGUUGGCUAAAUUACACUGUGUACACAUCACUACCUCACAUGAAUCUGAAUGCUGCUAAACGGGACUAGUACAGAGCUAUAUAGAUGGAUGAUCUGUAUUACCCCAAAAUGCAAAAAUGUUUCUAAAUACUUUUCCAAAUGUUUCCUACUGUUAUAAAAAUUUUCAAAACCGAGAGUAAACAUUAUAAUCUGCACUUUA